AUGAAUACUGUCUCUUUUUCAAAGUUUAAAGACUGUCUAGAUAUCUGGUCCAAACAAAACGAAAAGGGGACACAAUGCUUGACACAACAAGAACUUGGCCAACCUUCUACCGAGUUAGAAGAAAUUGUAAACAAAUUACGACAGGCCUUAGAUACUAUGCUCGAAGAAUAUGUAGCAAUAGUAAGCCAAUUGGGCUUAGAAGAAACACUAGAGCAAGUUUCAGCUGAAAAUAUACCCAGUCAAGUUAUUUUGAUGAGAAACUGUGUUAAUAUGUACGACCAAGAAUUUAUGGUAAAAGCAAGCUUUGCAACACAGCAGCAUUUAUAUGGAAGUAUCGCAUUAUGGAAAUCAGAGUCUUAUUUAGAUGAUGAAGUACAACAACAAAUAAAGCAGCUCAAUUAA